AUGUGGCUACAGCAUGACUCUGGGGUGCUCUGGUCCUCCACCAGGCCGGAGGUUGCGAGCAUAGAGCUGGCAGAUCAGGAUGAGCGCCAGUGUUCGCAGAAAGCUGUUGUCCAGGCACGGUCGUCACAGCCCACACGUCUGACAAGCAUCAUCUUUGCUGAAGAUAUAAUGACUGGACAAGUGCUUCGUUGUGAUGCUAUAGUUGAUACAAUUCACGGCAUCCAAAUUGUGUCCACAACAAGAGAACUCUAUCUUGAAGAUUCGCCACUGGAGCUAAAAAUUCAGGCUUUGGAUUCUGAAGGAAACACUUUCAGCACGUUGGCAGGGUUAGUCUUUGACUGGACAAUAGUAAAAGACACAGAGUCUGAUGGCUUCUCAGAUUCCCACAAUGCAUUACGUAUACUCAAGUUCUUGGAAUCCACUUAUAUUCCACCUUCCUAUAUAUCGGAGAUGGAAAAAGUUGCCAAGCAAGGAGAUACCAUUUUGGUGUCAGGAAUGAAAACAGGGAGCUCUAAAUUAAAAGCAAGAAUACAGGAAAGCGUCUAUAAGCAUGUACAACCUGCCGAAGUCAGAUUGCUUAUUUUGGAAAACAUCCUUUUAAAUCCAGCAUAUGACAUUUAUCUUCUGGUAGGAACAUCAAUUCAGUACAGAGUUCAGAAAAUAAGGCAAGGGAAGAUUACAGAAUUAACGAUGCCGUCUGAUCAGUAUGAACUGCAGCUACAGAACAACGUGCUUGAUCCAGAGGGAGAACCGUCAUGGCCAGUUGCCAAGUUGGACCAGGCAACAUCAGUUGUAACUGCAUUGCAGCAGGGACAAACUAACCUCGUACUUGGGCACAAGAGUAUUCGCAUGCAAGGGGUUUCCAGACUACCAAACAGCACUAUCUACGUUGUAAAUCCAGGGUAUUUAGGAUUUACGGUUCAUCCAGGUGACAGAUGGGUCCUAGAAACAGGCAGACUUUAUGAAAUUACAAUUGAAGUGUAUGAUAAAUCAAGCAAUAAGGUGUAUUUAUCUGAUAAUAUCAGAAUUAAUACAGAGCUGUCCAAAGAAUAUUUUGAGGUGCAGAAGUCCUCUCUGAAUGGAUCAUAUCAUUAUGUGAAAGCAAUAAAGAAGGGUCAGACCAUUAUUGAUGCUGCACUGACAUCAGUAGUAGAUCAGGAUGGAGGCGUUCAUACAUUUCCAGUUCCAGUGCGAAACCAGCAAGAUGUUGAAAUAUAUGUUCCCAUAGUUCUUUCACCCAGCAUUUUGACAUUUCCUUGGCAGCCAAAAGCAGGAGUCUACCAGUACACCAUACAGGCUCAUGGUGGAAGUGGAAAUUUCAGCUGGUCCUAUUCUAACCAGGCAGUUGCUACGGUGACAGUCAAAGGAGUAAUGACAACUGGAAGUGAUAUUGGCGUCAGUGUCAUUCAGGCAAUUGAUGUUCAGAAUCCAUUGCAUUAUGGAGAAAUGAAGGUGUACGUAACUGAACCUAGUGGGAUGGAGUUCAUACCAUGUCAAGUUGAAGCACGUGUUGGCCAAAUAUUGGAGCUGCCCCUGCGGAUUAAUGGCCUAACAAAUGUUGAAACUGGCGAGACAGUCCCACUGAGUGACUGCUCACACUUUGAUCUAGUUGUGGAAGUAGAAAACCGUGGUGUGUUCAGGCCACUUCAAGGAAGGCUUAAGCCAACUGCUGAUUUUUGUAGUGGAGUCAGAGUGAGAGCUGAAACUCAAGGAUACACAACCCUGGUUGUUAGUUAUACCCAUGGUCAUGUCCACCUCAGCGCUAGCAUCACCAUUGCUGCAUAUCUACCAUUAAAAACUAUUGAUCCUCCGUCUGUUGCUUUAGUGACUUUGGGUUCCUCUAAAGAUAUGUUAUUUGAAGGAGGACCUAGACCGUGGGUACAAGAGCCUUCAAAGUUCUUCAGGAACAUCACCGCUGAGGAUGCAGAAAGCAUUAGUAUGUCUUUACUUGGACCUCCUACAUCACGAAAUAACAUCCAGCAUUGGGUUAGAGUAUCUUGCAAAAGCCUGGGAGAGCAAGUUAUUGCCUUAACAGUUGGAAACAGCCCCACAAUCACCAACCCUUUUCCAGCAGUUGAGCCUGCUGUUGUGAAGUUUAUCUGUGCUGUCCCUUCGCGACUCACUUUGACUCCUGUUUAUGGAAGUCCUCAGCUCGAUCUCUCCUGCCCUUUGCUGCAACAAAACAAGCAAGUGGUUCCUGUUUCAAAUUAUCGCAAUCCAGUAUUGGAUUUGGCUGCAUAUGACCAGCAGGGCAGUAAAUUUGAUAACUUCAGCUCUCUUAGUGUUACCUGGGAAUCAACAAAAAUGUCCUUAGCUAAUAUUGAGCCUGAUAUGCCAAUGGAGCUGACUCUGAAAGAAGAUGGAAGCGGCCAAAAGAAAAUGCAUGGCUUACAAACUGUUCUAGUUCAUCAUGAGUCUGGGACAACUGCCAUCUCUGCAACUGCCACAGGAUACCAACAAUCCCAUCUCAAGGCAGCUAAAGUCAAAAUACCGUAUGAACCUCUUCUACCAGUGUCUGCCACUAUCGAACUGAUACUAGUGGAAGAUGUAAAAGUGAACCCUACUGAUGUCUCCAUUUACAAUCACCCUGACGUACAGGCAGAACUUGUCAUCAGAGAAGGUUCUGGAUAUUUUUUCAUUAAUACCAGUGUUGCAAAUGUUGUAAGAGUGGCUCAUGAGGAAACUCAAGGUAUUGCUUUGGUGCACCCUCUGCUUCCAGGAUCAGUGACUGUAAUGAUUCACGACUUGUGUUUGGCUUUCCCUGCGCCAGCUAAAGCUGAAAUUUAUGUAUCUGAUAUACAGGAAAUGUACGUGCGAGUUGUUGACAAGGUGGAGAUUGGAAAAACAGUUAAAGCUUAUGUCAGAGUUCUGGAUGACUCUAAGAAACCUUUUCUGGCGAAAUACUUUGCUGUCAUGGAUCUAAAACUAAGGGCAGCGUCUCAGAUUGUUUCACUUGUCCCACUCAGUGAAGCUCUCGAUGACCAUACUGCUGCUUUUCUAGUGCAUGGGGUGGCCAUCGGUCAGACUAGUCUUAUGGCAACUGUUGCUGACAAAAGAGGACAAAGAAUCAACUCUGCUCCCCAACAGAUUGAAGUCUUUCCCCCAUUUAGACUGCUGCCGAGGAAAGUGACACUUAUUAUUGGGGCCAUGAUUCAGAUCACUUCAGAAGGAGGCCCUCAACCUCAAUCCAACAUCAUUUUCUCCAUCAGCGAUGAGAAGAUUGCAUCAGUGAACAGCACGGGCCUUGUGAGAGGAAUGGCGAUCGGGAACGGAACGGUAACAGGACUGGUGCAGGCUGUUGAUGCAGAGACAGGGAAGCUUGUCGUGGUGUCUCAGGACAAAGUGGAAGUUGAAGUAGUACAGCUGACGGCUGUUAGAAUUCGUGCACCAAUUACACGAAUGAAAACCGGUACACAGAUGCCAGUUUAUGUAAUGGGCGUCACCAGCGGUCAGACUCCUUUUUCAUUUGGCAACGCAGUACCAGGGUUAACAUUCCACUGGUCUGUCACAAAGAGGGAUACUCUGGAUAUCAAGACAAGACACAGUGAGGCUUCUUUUCAGCUUCCUGCAAAAUAUAACUUUGCAAUGGAUGUUUAUGGCAGAGUAAAGGGAAGAACGGGCCUGAAAGUUGUUGUGAAGGUCCUUGAUCCUGCAGCCAACCAGUUUUACAACAUGGCAAGAGAACUGUCAGAUGAAAUCCAAAUUCAGGUGUUUGACAAACUUCAUCUCAUCACCCCAGAAGUAGAAGCAGAGCAGAUCUUAAUGUCACCAAAUUCCUUUAUUAAACUUCAGACAAACAGGGACCGAGUGGCUUCACUGAGUUACCGUGUCCUGGAUGGACCGGAUAAAGUUCCUGUUGUAAAAAUCGAUGAGAGAGGUUUCCUUACCUCUGGGUCUUUGAUAGGAUCAUCAACAAUUGAAGUGAUUUCACAAGAAUCCUUUGGGAUCAACCAGACUAUUGUAGCUGCUGUUAAGGUCUACCCCAUCUCAUACCUAAGAAUCUCCAUGAGUCCUAUUCUGCACACGCAAAACAAAGAGGCGUUACUGGCUCUCCCCCUGGGUGUGACACUGACAUUUACAGUCCACUUUCACGAUAACUCUGGAGAUACUUUUCAUUCGCAUAAUUCUGUGCUCAACUUUGCAACAAACCGAGAUGACUUUGUACAGAUUGGGAAAGGAGCCACAAACAACACAUUUGUAAUCCGGACUGUAAAUGUGGGUUUGACCUUGCUGAAAGUCUGGGAUGCCGAACACAGUGGCAUUGCAGACUACGUCCCGCUUCCUGUGCAACAUGCCAUUUUUCCUGAACUCGUAGACGUGGUGGUAGGUGACGUCCUCUGUUUGAGUACUUCGCUGAUAAACCAAGAAGGCCUGCCGGGCGUAUGGAGCUCCUCGUUAAGUAGUGUUCUUCAGGUCGACUCCAAGACUGGUGUAGCAGUGGUGAGGGAUUCUGGUGUUGUCACUGUCUACUAUGAGAUUCCUGGAUUACUUAAAACAUACAGAGAGAUAUUGAUUAAUAUACCUCAGAGGACUACAGCGAUGCAUGUAAGUGGAGUGAAGACAAGCUUACAAGGAGUUGCAGCCUCAAAAGUGAUAGUUUCAAUUGGGGAAAGAAAUAAAAAUUUGAAAGGGGAGUGCUUGCCUGCUCAGAUUGAAGCCAUUGCUGAAUUACAACCCCAGUCCAUUAUCAGUUGUCAUCUGGAUUUUAACAAUGAUGCAUUUGACUUCCCAGCGCACGAUAUUUUUAUAGCAGAGCCCGGAUUUGAUGCAGUUUCAGGACAUUACACCUGCUCCAUCACGAUGCACAGGCUCACUGACAAGCAGCUGAAGCAUCUCAGCAUGAGUAAGACUGCGCUCAGAGUUACAGCGUCAAUCCAAGGCAGCCACUUCUCUGGGGAGCGGAUCAGCACGGAGGUGCCUUUCAAUCCCGGGUUUUAUGCCGACCAAACAGAAAUGCUUUUAAGUAACUAUUACACAAGCUCCGAUGUGAAAAUAUUUGGUGCCACGGAAAUUCUUGAUACCCUGGAGGUGAAAUGUGGGUCACCAACAGUGAAGGCUUUUAAGAAAGAGAAAUCCUACGGGCUGCCGAGUUAUGUAGUCUACACCGUUAGUCUGUCUGAUCCAAGAGUUUCAAGCCAGGGAUCCUUAUCAACCACUCUGACUGUCUCUAGUCCUAUGACUGACCAGUCUAUCACUAUCCCAGUGACAGUGAUUUACUUGACUGACAGAACCAGUGCACCAGUGAGACAUGGAGCCAGUCUAUUCCAGCACUUUCUUGAUUCUUAUCAAGUAAUGUUCUUCACGCUUUUUGCACUAUUAGCAGGGGCAGCUGUUAUGAUUAUAGGCCUUCAUGCAGUUUUCUCACCGAAAGAACGGCACAGUCAUCCGGCAUUUACUCCAAGGACAACUCCUCAACACAGCCAUAACAGUUUCUCUGUAUCACCUGCGCCUUCCUUCAGUCCUCAGUCCUCAAGCAGAAAAACAAGCCCAUCAUCCACGCUCUGGAGCACUGAUUAUGGUUCACGUUAGAGACAGCAGGACUCGCCUUCAUGCACUAGGGCU